AUGACAGGAGGCAUCCAGUCACCUUUCUUCCUCCUGCUGCUACUCCCAGUGCUUUCAGUGUUUACAACUUCUGGCCACAGUUCCAGAACUAUUUCCAGUAGCAUUAACCAUAGCAUAGUUCCUUCCACCUCAUCCAAUCAUAGCACUUCUUCCCAAUUGUCUAUUAGGGUCUCCUUCUACUUUCUCUCUUUUUACAUUUUGAACCUUCAGUUUAAUUCUUCCCUGAAUGAUCCCAGCACCAACUACUACCAAGAACUGCAGAGAAACAUUUCUAGAUUGUUUUUACAGAUCUAUAAACAAGAGGAAUUUCUGGGCCUCUCUAAUAUCAAGUUCAGGCCAGGAUCUGUGGUGGUAGAAUCGACCCUUGCUUUCCGAGAGGGCACUACCGAUGCCAACAAGGUGGAGACUCAGAUUGUUCAGCACGAAACAGAAGCAUCCAGAUAUAACCUGGUCAUCUCAAGAGUCAAUGUGCAUGAGGUGCCUUAUUCUUCCUCUGCCCCGUCUGGGUCUGGGGUACCAGGCUGGGGUAUUGCUCUGCUGGUACUGGUCUGUCUCCUGGUAGCACUAGCCAUCAUCUAUCUCAUUGUCCUGGCUGUGUGUCAGUGCCGCCGAAAGAGCUGUGGGCACCUGGACAUCUUUCCAACCCGUGACUCCUAUCACCCUAUGAGCGAGUACCCUACCUACCACACCCAUGGGCGCUAUGUGCCCCCUGGCAGCACUCGACGUAGCCCCUAUGAGGAGGUAACUGCAGGCAAUGGUGGCAGCAGCCUCUCCUUCACAAAUCCAGCAGCCACUUCUGCUGACUUGUAG